ACGCGUUACACCGAAAUCUGAGAUGCAUAAAACUCCCGAAAGCAAGUCUCGAACAAUUUAGCGAAGAAAGGGGCAGCUUCUGAUUCUAACACGUCAAAACAAACACCUCGCUGGGUUUCCACUUUCGGUCACUAUCACAAACGUCAACUAACGCGUUAAGCACACUCCCCUCGUCAUUGCCUCGUUUUUCGACGUUCCUUGACCUUGGUGCAUUCAUUGAAUCUCCGUCGCCCCGUCUAGACAGGAUUAGCACUGCGCCCAAGUUGCUCUCGACUCUCGUCAGAAGAAGCUAUAAUGGACCAAGAUUUCUUCCGUCAGCUAAUGGUCUCAGGGGCCCAGGCCAAGUCUUCUAGCGGGCAGCCUCAAUCUCGAGGCACGAUAGCAUCGCAGGCCAAGGCUAAGCCGAAGGCCAUAAACGCAUCCGAGCCUGCGUUCAAGCCCAGGAAAGUCAAGAAGAGUACAUCCCAGUAUCGGGAUCGAGCUGCAGAGCGCAGAGUGGGAGAAGGCAAUGAUUAUGCUCAGGUCGAGGCUAUUUUAGAGGAUUUCAAUCGUCGGACGGAAAAUGAAGACAAGCAAAUGGUGGAAGAACAGCGUCGCUACCUCGGAGGCGACAGCGAGCACUCCAUUCUCGUGAAAGGACUGGACAUGUCCCUGCUGGAGCAAAACAAGGCUCGUGCGUCCGCAGCGUCCGGUGUGGACGACGACACCCUCGAGGCAGCCUUCCACGAAGCUAAUGCAGAGUCUCGCCAAGCAGCCCCUCCAGCGAAACGGACACGCGAAGAAAUGAUUCGCGAGCUAAAGCUCAAAAGGCAGAAAGGCGGCGAACCCCAGAACGGGGACAGCUUAGCACAGUCACCUGCCGCUCAUGCGGUCGAGGAAGCAAAGACGUCUAGCAGGUUUAAGCCUAUAGGUUUCAAGCCGAUCGGAGCGGACCAGGAAAGGUCAAAGAAGAAAAGGACGAGGACGGAUGAGAAAGAGGGGAAGAAGAAGAAGAAGCUUAAAACGGCUACUGUUGGGGCAGAGGCUUCCACGAACGCACCUCCACUUGAUUCUCCCUCAACAUCGGCGGCAGGGCCUGCCGUGCCCGUGAAGGCACCGUCGCCGGAACCAGAACCCGUGGACCUAGACUUCGAUAUCUUUGCUGGCGCUGGAGACUAUGAAGGCGACUUCGGGGAUGAGGAGGAGGAUAGCGAAUCAGAGGGUCAAACCGACAAACGACCUCCGAAGGUCGAGGAUGAUCCUCCACCUGUCCCAAAAAUGAGACGAGGCUGGUUCGACGCAGACGACGAGGACGGAAAAGAGCCAUCUCCAGAAGAGGGCAGCGCGUCAGCGUUGAAGGACAUUCCUCAGCCCCAGGCACCUCAAGUCCCCGACGAAGAUGACCACGAGGAGCUCACGAGCCUUCGGCCUCUUCAGUCAUCGGCAAUUCCUUCCAUUCGCGAGUUCCUUCACAUGGAUCAGGCAGCGGAGAAAGAAGAGAAGAGAAAGGCGCGGAAAGAGAAACUUAAGAAUAAGAAAAAGGCAAAGAAAUCGGGCAGUGAUAGCGGAGAGUAGUGUCCCUGUUCUUCAGAUCCUCAUAGUUUGUAGUCAAUAUGUUUUUGCUUUCGAGCGGACUCUGUGACAAG